CUGGCUGCUCCACAACUACAAGCAGCCGAAUUAAUCACGACGCCAGCGACUGUACCUCGCUUCCUCGUCCGGUCACAUUUUCACUGACUUCUGAAAGCAGCAUUUUUUAAAGAGCAGAACUCCCAGCCCACAAUCCAACCAAUUGAUUCCCCGCCUCGCAUUCCAUUUCAGCUCGCGUUGCGACUUCUUCGCGUUGUAUCCCUGUAACCGGAGCGCACUGAUCCUUUUCCGACAAUGGCGUCGGCUCUCUGGUCCCUGUCCCGUCAUGUCGCCUUGCUUCUUCUUGCGCUUUUCUCCGCGUGCAAUGCCGCCAAUGCCAGGCACACAGUUCUGGAUGAUCGCGCGCUGCAGUCCGACCCGUGCGCGCUGGUGCGCUGCGCUGCGCCGCUGGCGUGCGCCGUGGCGGCGGGGGGCCAGGCGCAGUGCAUGUGCGCGGCGCCGUACGUGCUCUCAGGCACCGACUGCAUUGACCCCUGCAUCGCCACCACAUGCCCGUUGGGCACCACGUGCCAGGUCGUCAACUCCAAGGUGCAAUGCAUCUGCCCGCCGCCCCUCGUGCUUGAUGGCGCUGCAUGCGUCUUGGCCACCAACUGUGCAUCGGUGAGAUGCCCCGAUAAGGCUCACUGCGCAGUGGUGGGCGGCCAGGCCACGUGUGUGUGCCAGGACCCCCUCAUCCUCUCCAAUAAUGACUGCCUCGACCCCUGUGCUGCAGUGCGCUGUGCAGCGGGCUAUCGGUGCCAGGUGGAUAAGAAGGCUGCUGCCUGUGUCUACUGCCCCGAAUGUGCCUGAAGUCCCUAGUCCCUCUGGCAUGGCUGCUGUAUGGCUUGGAUCGCCGAGCAUGGGAUCAGGAUACGCACUGUGGGAUCCAUGCUGGGAGUUGGGCAGGGAGAAAAUUUAUUGAAAUGACUCGUUUUCUAUUAGUGCAACUUUGAGCCUGCGGCUAUGUCUUGUCUGUAGGGCAAGUUUCGGUCCUCAUGAAUUGUAAAUUCAUGCACAUGAAUAG